GUCGCGAUGUCACUUUCGACUUUCUCGUGGGAGGAAAUUCUCAUCACAUGGUAUGCAUACGUCACCCACUUUAGACAGGUGAAUUUUCCGAGUUUGAGAGAAGCUUUUUUGAUAUCGACGAUUUCAAUCAAGAGUUCCCAGAAUCAAGUGUAAAUUGAUUCGCGCAAUUAAUUUCCGAGAAUACAUGGCUUCUUUAGCAACCGCUGAAGCUUGUGAUUCAAAUGCAUCCCUUCUAGCAAGUGGUGAUUUGCGCUGUCUGCAGCCUAUGUUCCAGAUCUAUGGGCAGUGUCGGGCGUUCUCAGGUCCAAUUGUGACCCUCAAGGUAUUUGAAGAUAAUGUGUUGGUUAGGGAGCUUCUUGAAACGAGAGGUGAAGGCAGAGUUCUCGUUAUAGACGGCGGAGGAAGCAUGAGAUGCGCAUUAGUGGGAGGGAAUUUGGGACAACUGGCUCAGAACAUGGGGUGGGCUGGCAUUGUGGUCAAUGGCUGCAUUAGAGAUGUAGAUGAGAUCAACGGCUGCGAUAUAGGGGUUCGAGCUUUGGCAUCUCAUCCCGUGAAGUCAAACAAGAAAGGUGUUGGUGAAAGGCAUGUUCCUAUUCAUUUUGCAGGGACCUUGAUUCGCGACGGAGAAUGGUUGUAUGCAGACAGUGAUGGGAUUCUUGUGUCAAAAACUGAACUCUCUGUUUGAAACUUGCAGCAAAGCUGGUUUUUGUCGAGAUUUAAAUUUGUCGGGCGUAAUAAGGAGUACUUUGAUAUGAGGACCCGAUGUAAUAAUGCUACUGUGAAAUGAAAAGGGGAAUAUUUUUGUUGUCU